AUAAUUACAAAAGUGUUAUAAUUAUUUAAUGAUGGACAAAAUAUUAACCAAAACAUUACAGUCCAGUCGUUAUUUAGCUUAUAGAUCAUUACCAAUUAGUCAAUCAAGUUUAAAGAUCUUAAAUAAAAACGUUGUGAAUUUACAUACAGAUUUACAAAAUUCUAAAUCAAGGCAACAUGUUCUUUGCAAUAAAAACAAAUAUAAUUUAUCACAGUUACAAAAACGUAGCAUGUUUAUUCAAACCCAGGAUACUCCUAAUCCAAAUAGUUUAAAAUUUCUUCCUGGCGUUAAAGUGUUAGAAGGAGGUGGUACUAAAGAUUUUCCAAAUGCCACUAAUGCUUAUUGUUCACCACUUGCAAAAAUGUUAUUUCGUAUCGAAGGAGUUAAAUCUGUAUUUUUUGGUCCUGACUUUAUUACAAUAACUAAAGCAGAUGAAGAUAUGGAAUGGGGUAUUUUAAAACCAGAAAUAUUUGCAACUAUUAUGGAUUUUUUUGCAAGUGGAUUGCCAAUAUUAAAUGAAUCACAACCUCCACCAGAUACACAAAUUAAUGAAGAUGAUGAUGAAAUUGUUCAAAUGAUAAAAGAACUUUUAGAUACACGAAUACGUCCUACAGUACAAGAAGAUGGUGGUGAUAUUGUUUUUAUGGGUUUUGAAGAAGGUAUUGUAAAACUUAAAAUGCAAGGUUCUUGCACUAGUUGUCCAAGUUCUGUUGUAACAUUGAGAAAUGGAGUUCAAAAUAUGAUGCAGUUUUACAUACCAGAAGUAUUAGGUGUCAUACAAGUUGAAGACGAAACUGAUAAAGUAGCAAAAAAGGAAUUUGAAAAACUAGAAGAAAAAUUACAAAAGUCGUCAUCGAAUAAUGACAAUAACAAAUAAUUUUUCUCAGUCGCUUCACUUUAUAUAUAGUUGA